UUUCUUUUAAGGGGGACUCGACGAGACGACGACGAAGGAUCAAUCUCACGCCAGGUUUCGUCCGCCGCUCUUCAACUCGGCGACUACAUCCAUAACAAGCCUCUGUUGCGACUUUAGCUACUUGGACAGAUACUCUCGCAGCCUACAUGCUCCUCAGUGCCAUUCUGAACCAAGCCAAUCAGCCUCCUAUCUGGCCAGAACCAGCCCCGAUCCUAUAUCUUCCAACUCCUUCAUUAAGAGAACGGCGACUCAUUGACAACAAUUAACUCUAUUUUGAAAAACAUCUAAAUAUUCGCCAGCUUCUGCAGUGAUCUGGGGAUAGAUUAAGCUCUGGUCCUGGGGCCCGUUUGGCCUUCAGCCGCGUAAAAUGAAGACCUCACUCUUUGCUUGGUCAUUACUCUCUCUGCUGCUAAAACCCGUUAUCGCUACGUCAACGGGCGGGUCUGGGUCUGAGGAUGUUUCGAUACAAGCGCCACGGAUAUUCUCCGGAGCGGAGAAUCUAACCGGUCCAGAUGAAGGCCCUACAGUCUUUAAUGGAGUCGAAGUUCCCCCGAUGAAGCAACUCAAUGCGUCCACUUUUGAUGAAAGUAUUCAGGAAGGUUACUGGUUUGUGAAGCAUUUCUCCCCAUAUUGUGGGUAUUGUAUUUCUAUCGCACCAACAUGGCAAACGUUAUACGAAUUCUACUACUCCUCGAAUCCCCUCUCAACCUCAACAUCUAAACAAACGCAAGACCCAGUUUCUUCCCUUAACUCCUUCCAACGCUUCUACGAUUUCAAUUUCGCUGCCAUAGACUGCAUUGCCAACGCAGACAAGUGCCGGGCCCUCAAAAUCAACGCCUUCCCUAUGUUUAUACUUUACCACAAAGGAGAGAAAAUGGAGACAUUUACCGGCAAGAAGUCAAUGGAAGGACUGAGCAAGUUUAUUGAAGAUAAGCUCGAACAAAUUAAGCCUGGCUCAAGGCCUCGGAAUGGCCUGCAGCUACCAAAACCUGGCGAUACCAAGGUUGAUACUUCUACCGCCCCCCUUAAAAUAGGAGGAAAACCCGAAGAUAAACCCGAAGAUAAACCGCAAGAUAAACCAUCAGCCAAGUCCGAACCACCGGAGGAGAAGAGCCAGCCCGCGGUGCCGAAAAGGCCCAGUGGACCGGUGCCCAACCCUCAAGGCAAAUCGAUAUCACUCACAGCCGAAAGUUUCCAGAAACUCGUUACAAACACUCAUGUUCCAUGGUUUAUCAAGUUCUAUACACCCUGGUGUAGUCAUUGCCAGGCCAUGGCUGCAUCUUGGCAGCAGAUGGCUAGGGACAUGAAAGAAGUCCUAAAUGUUGGUGAAGUUAACUGUGAGACGGAACGACGCUUAUGCAAGGAUGCUCGUGUCGGAUCUUUCCCUACCAUCUACUUUUUCAGAGGUGGGGAACGUGUUGAGUAUAACGGACUUAGGGGCUUGGGAGACCUGGUCAACUACGCCAAAAAGGCCGUGGAUGUUGUUGGUAACGGCGUUCAAUAUGUUGAUGCUGACGCUUUUAAGAAAAUGGAAGAAACUGAGGAGGUUAUUUUCUUAUACUUCUUCGACAAGGCCACUACAUCAGAGGACUUUGCCGCUCUGGAUCGGUUAACUCUGAGCUUGGUCGGGCGUGCAAAGCUUGUUAAGACUGACAGCGAUGUCCUUGCCCAGAGAUUCAGAAUUUCCACGUGGCCUCGUCUUCUUGUCUCGAGGGGUGGAAAAGCCAGUUAUUACAGCGCGCUCGCCCCCAAAGACAUGCGAGAUUUCCGACAGGUGCUCACUUGGAUGGAAAGUGUCUGGCUGCCCAUAGUACCAGAGCUCACCGCUGCUAAUGCUCGCGAGAUUCUUAAUGGAAAAUACGUAGUCCUCGGUAUUCUCAGCCGACUACGCUCGGACGAAUUUGUCCAGGACAAAAAGGAGCUGAAAAAUGCGGCGCUUGAGUGGAUGGAUAAACAAACCAAGUUGUUCCAGCUUGAGAGGCAGGAACUUCGGGACGCGAAGGAGCUGCGUAUCGAGGAAGCAGAAGACCGAAAUGACCAACGGGCACUGCGUGCAGCGAAAAACAGGCAAAUAACCAUCCGAGAGAGUGACAAAAAGCAGGUCGUUUUUGCAUGGAUUGAUGGUAUCUUCUGGGAUCGAUGGAUUCGGACAACGUACGGUAUUGAUGUGAAAAACGGUGAACGUGUUAUCAUCAUUGACGAAGAUAACCGUCGGUACUGGGAUACCACCACUAGUGGUGCCUACAUAAUGCCAAGCCGAACCUCUAUCCUCGAAACCAUCACUCAGGUCGUCUCGCCAUCAUCUAGGCUCAAGGCGAAAUCCACCGUCGGCAUCUUCGAAAGUAUGUACUUCAGCACGCGCUCCUUUUACCGCAACCACCCUAUCCUUUUUAUUGCCAUGUUCUUCGCUGCUUUGAUAUUUGCGUACCUCUUCACGAAGGGUAGACUUCGAAAAGGCAGGGGUGCUGGAGGCCUCCUAGGUGCAGUCACUGGUAGCUCAGGGGGUGGAUUCUUCCACCUUGAUGGAAAGGAAGGGCUACUUGGUGGUGGAAAUGGAUCGGGGAAGGUCGACUAGCCUGUAUUCACUCUUUGUUUGUUUCCAUUUUUUAUCUUUUUUUUGCUUUUGUUUUACUACAUCUUCCUCCAUUUUUUAUUGAAUUCCAUUGACUUCAAUUCUCUAUUCUCACCUUUCCUAAUUUUCCCACUUUCAUAUUCUUUUUUUCAUGUAAUACUGUUGCUAUUUUGGUUUUUGACCAGUCUCUUUUGUUCCCCUUCGAUCCCCUAUACUAAUAUCAUGUUAUUCUUCAAACAUGGCCUUUCUAUUUCCUCCUUUGUUGCCACCUUCGCCUGUCAUCGUUUAUAUUUAUUCUUUUUUUGGUAUUUCCUUUUCUUGCUCUACAUUUUUACCUUUUUUUUCACUAUCUCGUUCUCUUUUCAUGUUCUUCUUUUCCUUUUCAUUUCCUUUUCCUUAUAUAUAUAUAGCUUCAGCGGAGCAUAUGCGGUGAAUCAAAAUGUCUGCCAAGGCGGGUGGAAAGGAGGGGUUUUUCUUUUUCAACCAUUACAUUGAAAUGAAUUGGAAUUUAGAAAAAGAAAGGGGGGGAACAUUGCAAACAACCAAAAAAGUAAUCAUAAACAUUAAACAAGAAUCAUGUACUAAGAAGUUGAUCCAGCAUUCCGUCCACCCCGUCAAUAAGUUCAAGGUUUCGCUUCACCGUUUCCCGCACCCCCAUAGACAGUGAUAACCCAAAUUGCUUCCCAAUAAUCAGACAUUCCACGAGAGCUUUGAACGCCCGCUUUCGCGAGAGUCCUUGUUGUUGUCGGGGUAUCAGCACACUCAUUGUUUCCGGUAUCCCUUCGCCGAUCAACCAUCUAUGGGAGUCGGGGUCAUCCUGGCAGAGGAUCAGACAUGACGCUGGUGGGAUGUUGAGGAGCCGGUCCUGCCCCUUCUCCCGCGAGUGCUGAGCGAUCUUGAAGAUGGCAGAGAGGAGGAGGAACAAUCUGCGGGAAUCCUGACAUUUGUUGAUGGCAGCAAGCUCAUUGGCGCAUGCCUCGCUGGCGUCGCUGAAGAGCUGUUCCUCAUAGCUGCCGCCGAUAUAGUGUUCGAAAUAUUCCGUGAGGACCGUCGAGAAGUACUCGAUGGGCCGUGGAUCCUUGCUAGCGAGGAUGGCGAGGUGCGUGCUGAACAUGACCACCACCCGAUCCACCGUGUCCGCCCUGUUGCCGGCGCGAAUGGAGGCGUCGAGAUCGAUCAGGAACUGGCGAACGCCGUAGUCCAGUGACUCCUCCGUGCCCCUGUGGUAGGCGAGGGAGGCGAAUUGAGAGAACGUCCUGCCCGAGAUAUCUACACCUUCUCUCCAUCGGGAUUUGGCCGAUGCGAGCAUGACAGACGAACCUACCAGGACCCCGAUUACCAAUAACGCCUCUAGAUCCGCAGUAGAGACCACCUCAAACACCCGGACCGAGAGCCCCGUCAUGGCCUCUAGGUCUCUGGGAUUCCUAGCCUCGACCAACUGGUUGCCAAAGCUGCUGAAUGACUGCGCCCAUUUUCGCAAUCUGGCCGUCUCGUUAUUCUUCACGAGGUCUUGCAGAACCUCCCAGCGGCCAACUGACCAGUGUCUCACGUACAGCGCAACCAGUCUAAAGAUAGGUUUGUACCUGAGUGAGACGGUUAGGAUCUUGAGCGUGAGGUCAACCAGUCUCGAUUGAUUAUCAUAUCGCGCAGUAAAAAGCAUUUCCUGAAGUUCCAGCAACUGUUUCACGCGCUCUUCCAGUGGAUCCAUCGGCCCCUUCAGGGCGGCGACACCUGGUGGUGUAGGUAAUUUAUCAACCCGCGCACCGUGCUCGAGCAGUAACUUGACGAUAUCUUUGGAACUGGCCUGGAUGGCUCGGAUCAAUGGCGUGUCCCCGUAGCUACCUUUGGCCUCGAUCCGGGCGGACCGAUCUAGUAGUAGAGACACGACAUCCUUGUGCUCUCCAGUGACUGCGAUAUGGAGCGCGGUCAAUUUGUCGCGGUCCUUAGAAUUUAUGUUGGCACCGUGCUCGAGUAGCAACUCCACCACGUCUCUGUGACCGCGCGUAGCAGCCCAGAAGAGGGGUGUGCGCCCAUAAGAAUCCUUUCUCGAGGUGCGACGGCGGAAGGGAAUGCCGGCGGCGGCAGAAUGCUUAAGCAACAUCUUGGCCCAGGCCAAGUUGCCAAAGUACGCCGCUAGGUGUAGAAGCGUGAACGAGGGCGGAGCUCCGCCGUACUGCUCCCGAUCCCAGUAGAAUUUCCACCAAUCCUCCCGCACCGGCGACUCAGCUCGGAAGAACUGGCUUGAAAACUCAAGCUGGGCCUCGACCGAGUCGAACGCCUGUCGGAAAUGCUCUGGCCAGUAGAGGCUGGCAUAGGUCAAGAGGCUAUUGUGGAGGGAGGCGUUGCUGAUACUACCAGGAGACUUGUAGCUCCCUUCAAUGAGCCCGAGGCAGGUACGCAUAAGAGUCUUAUGCGAUUUGUGAUUCAUAUGGAAAACGUUGAUCCCGUCGAUAUUGAUCUGGUCGCUCUGGAAGAACUCUCUCGCCGACUCAUGGACGAGGUUGACCACGUCUCCAUCGAUUUUCACCAACAGCCCACAGGACGCAAGCCUAUCCUUCAGGAUUUCGGUUGGCGUCAGGGCAUGAAACGCCUUGAUCUCCGCCGCCAUUGCUAGUUCAUCCACGGUCAUGGGUCGGGCGGCGAGAACGAUCCAUUCAAGGAUGGGGACCAGGUUUUCUUUGUCUUCGACUUGUUGCAGCAAUCGCUGAUAAACCCCAACAAGGUCCUUGGGCACACCGCGAAGUAUGUGGUUGAUUUGAAGCCAAUUUUUGCCCUUGAGCUCAUCCGCGACAAACCCAACCCACAAGAAGGUUCCCUCCGCGCUGGCCAUCAAGGUCUGGCUAACUUGACGUAGCCUAUCCUCCGAUAGGAUAUUCUCGGCUGCCAGCUCGGCAACUUUGGCCGAGAUGUAUUUCUCAACAUCUUUUUGAAUCUCCACGUCCGAGUCAUCAAGUUUGAUCCGAGGGAAUCGGUGAAGUUUGCUUUUUAAAGGUCCAGGCUGCGGGCGGGAGAGGAGGAUGACCUUUAGGUAUGUGUUUGGUUUCGCCUCGGAGUUCGAGAAAUAUUCACUCAAGACGUCAAGGAGCUGCUUGAGAGAUUCCUCCUCGCACUCAUCUAGGCCAUCAAGCACGCAUACCACCUGCGGUGCGUCGGUGUGGUUGAGAAGGCUCAGGAAGAGCUUCCAGAGGCAGAUAAAGUUAGAAAUAGUGUAUUUGGUCGUUUCGGACCCAUCAAAGAAGUUCUGAAUAUGUUGUGCUAGGUGGGGAUGGAGACUGAGCCAUUGGUGCAAUAGGCCUCGCAUGAUCGUCAUGGCCGAGUUCCUGUUCUUGUCACGGUUACUACAGAAGUAGUAAAGGAGAACACCCUGAGCGUCGUCAACCACCGACUCCAGUUCCUCAGUGAUGUAGAUGGAGAGGAUAGUUUUCCCUUUUCCCGGCCCGCCUGAGAUCCAGAGGAGUGGCGGAUCAGUUCCUUUCAGCCACUCUUGAUAGUGGUCAUGUCGUAGCAGCCAUUCGCAAGUACCUGCUACUCUCCGCCCCUUCAAUGCGAUCAGAGAGCUCCGGUCAACCUCGGGUCUGGUCAGGAGUAAGGCAUCGAGAAUACCGGCAACCGUCGAAUCCGUGAUAGAUGCCAGCGGCGGUGGCUUCGGGGCAGGGGGCAUCAAAGACAGGAGCUCCUUCGCAUAGGCAGCAGCGGCACCAGCGGCGUACCCCUGCCAGACCUUAGUUUUGUGCGAAUCUGCAUAAUCGCAGAUUCCCCGGAUGACCAGGCAUUGGGCGAUGUCCAUCAAGCCGGCCGCCUCCAUCUCAAAACAAAGGAUCCCAUGCUCGCGCGCCAACUUGUCCCGUGUCCCGCCAUGUCGCAUCACCUGGUUGCCAGACGCAACCAGACCAUAGUGGACUUUCGGGUUCUGCGACCCUCGCGGCGGCCGGUGGAGGAGUCUAGCGGGGUCGCACUGAGUGCACGUACCAUCAUCUCCGAGCGCCGCGACGUGGUCGUAGUUCGAGUCGAAGAGGGCAUCCUGCUCUGAACCGGGAUGGGCGAAGACGAGGGGAUCCUUCUCGACAAUCUUGUGGAUGUAACGGGGAAUCUGGCUCUCGCCGAGGAUAUUAUUCGUCUCGACCUUUCCCGCGGCCGUGAGGAGUAAGGUAGACGGUUUAUUCAACGCGCCUGUACUAGUGAACUGGCCCUCUCCAAUUUUCUUCCCGAAAUCAUACUGAAUAAUCCCCGGCCGCGCCGCCGACGGCCUGCUCACUACAAUAUCACCAAGCCGAACAUCCUCCUUCGUACUCGGUACGCCGCCCCCGAUGCCGACCAUCAAGCUGAAGCGGAUGGACUUGAAGCUCGCUAGCAUCUGCGCCGCGACGGUUGCGGCGGAGGUGGUCCCAUAUACGCCGAAGGGCAGGCAUGCAACCACAAUGUUAUGUUCGUUGAGGCUUCCCAGAACAUACGAGUUGGAGUCAUUCAGACUUGGAUCUGCGGGCAGAUCGGCGUGGAUGUGAUCAAGUACCGCCUUCGCCGCUGCCAUCUCCAGGGGAAGGGCGCAUAUCCAGCCGACGGUGUAGUCAUCUCGGGAGGCCAUUUCUGAACAACGGCCGCGCAAUGCAGUUGCAGUUGCAGUUGCAACGCAGGUAUCGAUGGCGAGGCACUGAUUGGCAGCAGCUCGGGGUUGGGGGGGAAUCUACGCGACGAGAUCAUUCUUUUGCGUGGUGUGUUUAGGGAAGGGGGAGAAAAAAAAAAAAAAAGUGCAGGAAAAGAGAAAGAGGAGAGGGGAAGAGAAGGAGGCGGGCAGCGCUCGGGAAGCUGGGGGGUUAGGGGGAAUCCCAUCGCAUCCCCCCCCUCAGGAAAUAAUAGCAUCUAGGUCGGGCGGGUUGAUUCUGACACUAUUUUUAGCUUUAAAGCCUAGUAAAUGUAGAAGCACUGGCUCUCAGCCUUGGAGCAAGCCCGGGCCGGCCCUAGGUCCACCUAUCCAGAGCGGGUUGCAAGCACCAGUGGUUGAUCAACGAAUGGAAAGCGCCCGAUAGUAUUUUCAUGCUGGGUGUUAUAAAUUCACCCGAUCUUCGAAGAGUUUGAGAGGCUGCAACGUGAGGUUCUGUUCUGGGAGGCGUAUAUCCCUGUAUUGUACUCGUCUAUUUUUAUGUUCUGACAUUGUUUUGUUCGUCUUGUCGACGCCUGGAAACGUUUAUCAAGAGUGUUGAUGAUAUCAACACGAUGUCUGGCUGCUGCUGCUUUCUGGUGCUAAUGAAAUCUCAUUUUCAG